CGGCGCAGCCUCGGCCUGUGUGACUGGCGGUGCCCGCGCAGCCUCGGGCUGGGAAGGGUGCAAGAUGACCAACGAAGAACCUCUUCCUAAAAAGGUCCGACUGAGUGAAACAGACUUCAAAGUUAUGGCACGGGAUGAGUUAAUUCUAAGAUGGAAACAAUAUGAAGCAUAUGUUCAAGCUUUGGAGGGAAAGUACACAGAUCUUAAUUCAAACGAUGUGACUGGUUUAAGGGAAUCUGAAGAAAAACUAAAGCAGCAACAGCAGGAGUCUGCACGCAGGGAGAACAUUCUUGUCAUGCGGCUAGCAACCAAGGAGCAGGAGAUGCAAGAGUGCACUACUCAAAUCCAGUACCUCAAGCAAGUUCAGCAGCCGAGUGUGGCCCAACUGAGAUCAACAAUGGUAGACCCAGCGAUCAACUUGUUUUUCCUAAAAAUGAAAGGUGAACUGGAACAGACUAAAGACAAACUGGAACAAGCCCAAAAUGAACUGAGUGCCUGGAAGUUUACGCCUGAUAGGUAAACAAAUCAUACUCCCCAGUCAAGACUUCCCUGACAGUCCCACCUCGAGAAAGCUGUGGUGGGACAGCCAAGUACUCGUUUCCACACCAAGACUCAGACUUUUUGAGCCAAAAAAGCCACAUUCUUAUACUGUCCAGCUUGUAAUGGUUAAUGUAAAACUUACCAGAUGAACCUUGUGUUUCAGCUUUUCUCUUCCCCUCCCCCUUGCUUCAGAGGCCUGAUGCCGUCGGACUAUUCCGAAGAAGAGGCCAACUCCGAAAAAUUCCCCUUCUAGGACAUGUAGACACUUUGAGAAGUGUUUCUGUUUGAAGAAAAUAGAGGGAAAAACAAGUCUUAAGUCUGUGGCACACUGUGUCUUCAGACAGUUUGGAGGAUUGAAAUCCUAGAGGUUUUAAAUCAUGAAUUGAACAUGUAAAAUUCC